UCACUAUCAGUCCACCUUCAUCCUUUGUGGUUCAACCAUCAAUCAACCAGAUACAAUGAAAACUAUUGUUUUAGUGUCUAUGCUGGUCGCAGUGGCUUUCGCCACUCCUCAGGCUCCGACAGAGCCCAUUCCCAUCGUUCGGCAGGACAGCCAGGUCAACGGGGAUGGUUCCUACCAGUACUCGUACGAAACUGGAAAUGGGAUCAGCGCGGACCAGAAAGGUGAACUGAAGAAGGUGGGAGACGUGGAAGCUCUGGACGUGCAGGGCCAAUACCAGUAUCCCGGCGAGAACGGCAACAUCCAGUUGACUUACACGGCCGACGAGAACGGCUUCCAGCCCCAGGGCGCGCACCUGCCCACUCCCCCCCCGGUGCCCGAAGCCAUCCAGCGGGCGCUCGCCUACAUCGCCACUGCCCCCCCUCAGCCAAGUCCGUCACAGUAACUCGGUCAACGGAUCUCAAUUAAAAGUCACUAAUCAAUAGUGAUCGUGAUAAAAUUUUUGUAUUUUUAUACCAAUUACUGUCAUAAUGGUAAUAUAUUAAAGUCAUACAAUUUA